AUGGGCUCCACGCUCCUUUCAUUAUUGGCCCUGUCCGGGCUCAGUUAUGCUACCUUCGGGCCCUCGUGCAAAUGCGCAAGCGAUUCCUGCUGGCCUUCCAUCGAUACCUGGAAUGCCUUGAACUCUUCCGUCUCCGGCAAACUCAUUCUCGAUACGCCGCCCGCUAUCUCCUGCUACCCCGGUCCUUACCAGGAUGCGGAACAGUGUGCCUUCGUCAACUCUCAAUGGUAUAAUUCUACCUUUCAGUCUCUUUCUCCCGUCGGUUACGUUUACCCGACCGAUGACUCGUGUCCUCCUGUCGAUCUGAGCUCCGGCGAAACCCCGGAAAAUGCACCCUGGGCCAAGCCCCAGUGUACACAAUUAAUGCGACAGAACCAGAGGAGCUGGCAACGGGCAUUGCCUUUGCCAAGAAGAAUAACAUCGGAGGGAUAUGGAGCUCUCCAAAUAUGGAUCAAGUACAUUCAGAAGGGUAUCACGUACCAGGAAAGCUACAAAGCAUCGGAUGGAUGUGGCAAGAGCAAAUGGACCGGUGCUGCCUUUACCGUUGCUGGAGGUUACGUUUGGCAAGACGUGUAUGCCGAAGUCUUCAAGCGCAACUUGACCAUCGUUGGUGGCGGCGAUCCCACCGUCGGUGUCAUCGGUGGUUACGCCCAAGGUGGCGGUCAUUCACCCGCCAGUCGCGAUUACGGUCUCGGUGCCGACCAGAUCCUCGAAGCGCAAGUUGUUCUGGCCGAUGGCAGCAUUGUCACCGCAAACGCUUGCCAGAAUUCUGAUCUGUACUUUGCUAUCCGUGGCGGCGGCGGAGGCACCUAUGGCGUGGUCAUCUCCAUGACCUUGAAGGCGUAUCCUACCCUGCCUGUCGUCGCACAGUCUCUCACCAUCACUCCGCUGACCAGCAAUACUGGCCCACUCCUGGAUGCUAUCACCGAUAUCUAUGGUCAAUAUCCUGCUUUGUCUGACGCCGGCUACUCCGGCUACGGCACCUGGUCUAUCAACGGACCCAUGGCCCUCUUUGGCAACCAGACCAUUGGUUACGUUCAUGCCAUUGCAACCAUGGGCAAGUCGCUAAGCGCCUCCCAGGCCGCUUUCGCGCCCCUGCUGUCCAAGCUGCAGAAAUACAACGGCACCUCCCUCUUCAUCACCGUCAAUUACUACCAGUUCCCCAGCUAUCCUGCCUAUUACACCGCCAUGUCGGGCAUGCACCAGCCCGUCGGCUCCGCCAACUCCGCCAUGACCUCUCGCAUGUUCGACAAGGGUGCUCUAACUGUGAAUCCUACCAUCCUCCGCUCCAUGAUCGGCGCCAUCGCCGGCAAGCCCGAGGAGUACACCAUCAACAGUCUGGAGAUGGUCGGCGGUGGAAAAGUGCUCACCGACGGCUCUGAUCCCUACUCUGGCGUGAACCCCGCCUGGCGCUCAACCUACGUUGUCAACGUGGUCGCGCGAGGAUGGCCCGAAGGUGCGGAUGCGGCCACCGCUCAGGCCGUCAAGGACGACGUCACAUACGUCAAGGGCGGUGCCAUGAGACUACUCACGCCGUUCCUGGGCAGCUACAUGAACGAGGCUGACCGCAAUGACCCUCUCUGGGCCACGGACUUUUUCGGCACCAACUACAUCCGCCUCGCUCUGAUUAAGAAGAAGUAUGAUCCUGAAGGAGUGUUCUACUGCCCCAAGUGUGUGGGUAGCAUGACAUACUACCAGAAGAACCUGGAUGGGUUGGAUUACGGCCCGCUGUGCUCCAUUGGCUUCUAGAGCGCUUACAGAUUCGGAGAUGUGUAC